CCGAAUUAAUUUCAGUCCUACUCGAUUCCAGUUGAAAAGUUCCAAAAAAGUAUUAUUACCCUUGUAAACAGGAAGAUGAAAGUCCUUGUUGUGCUCGGUCUCGUGCUGGCCAUCGCGUUCGCCACACCGGUCGAUGAAGUUGAUAAAGUAGAGGAAUUGGUAUCAUCGGUGGUGCCUGAGAAAGAGCCAAUCAUUUCCGAACCGUCCGUUCAAGAUCGAACUGAUCCGCUUCCAAAUCUCAAUCUGGCCAAUCUGGUAGGAGCUUCCAAUGUGGCCAAUUUGACGGCCAUCAUUCAGCAGCUCGUCAGAGAAGAGGUCAAAAACAUUUUAUUGGCUCUCCAAAGUGCCCAGAGUAACACCGUCAGUACUCUGAGCGGCCUGAUCAACUCGGACGAAUCAAGCCCAUCGAUUAACAAACAAGAAGUAGAAAAGCAGGCCGAGAAGGAGGCCAAGCCAGUUUACUUUUUGCCUCGUCGUCCUGGCUAUUUCCCACCUCAUCAUCCACUUUAUUACGGACCUCAGGAGCCUGUCCCUUAUUACAACGAGGAGCCUUACUUCUAUCGCGGUGGCCCGCAGUGGCGUCGCAUCAACCCAACCGACGAGAGCCUCAGCGAUAUGGAUGCCCUUGCUCAACUCGAAUUGCUUUUGAAUGAGAAGGGUGAAAUGUCCAGCGAAGCUCGCGGACUCAUGUCCAGCCUUUCGUCGACCACCAAUUCCGCCAAGGCUAGCUUUAAAUCAUUCGUCAAUUCUCUGUCGGCGGCGCUGCCAUCGUUUUCGAUCGUCCGGAAGACUUAUUUGGUGCCCGGCUUGGCCAUCAACGGCUAAAUUCGAACACAUUUGAAUUUGAACGUACCAAGACGUAGUUAGCUGCAUUAAAUUUUCAGGCGUUUCGUUCCCAGCUCAGUAUUUAUUAUAUUCCGUCAGUGACAUGAUCGCUUCAUGUGUUCCGUUACACCUUUUUUGUUUUCGAUUACUGCGUCAUCUAACAUGUUAUUCGAACCUCAAAUACAAAAACUGUUACACCAC